AUGAAGAUGGAUUGUGUCAUAAUUCUUGGUCCUUCUGGAGAGUUCCAUCCGCUGGUUACAGAAGAAUUUCCAAAAUUCACAUUGCCGUUCAUGAACACACCUCUCAUAAACCUGUCACUCAACUACCUUGUUCCUUUUGCCUCUAAGUUUUUUAUCGUCUGUCUUGAGAAACACGUUAAAACAGUAAAUGAAAUUCUUGAGUGCGCUGUUCCCAUCGAGUUCAUCACAACAACCUCGUAUGAGGGAAUGGGGUUUAUUAUUAAUAUUUUGAAACCUAGAAUAAAAACAUCACAUUUUAUAAUGUGUAAGGGCGAUAUUUAUGGACUAGAGCCUUUAAAGGCUCUUUUAGAAUCUUUUAUAAAAUCAAACGACGAUUUGUAUGUUUCAAUUUCUAAGUCUUCUAAGGAAUCGCCGAUAAUGUGCAUAGAUACAAUGAACUAUUUGAAGAUGUACAACAGUAAUGAAAUACCACUGCUGAAGAACCAGAAAUACCUGGUUACAAUUGAAUACUACAUCAAGGACUUCUUUAUUUUCAAAACAAGUGGGCUUGGCACACUUGACAACAGUCUAUAUUGCUUUAAAAAUAACGUAUUGCCGUUUUUAAUUCAAAACAAGCUCAGGAUAAGGGUCGGAGAGAACAUGAUUGUGCAGAUUAGAAGCAUGGAGGAUUACCUGUCACAGCUGGAUUUCAAAAACCACCUCCUUGGCUCACUUGAGUCCUAUGUCUAUAACCUGGUCGACCCAGAGUGCCAUCUCGCUGAUAACAUCGAGAUUGAGGAUUCGGUCAUCGGAGCAAACGUUAUCAUAGGCGACGGGUGUGUUGUUAAAAGAUCCAUAAUUAUGGACGAUGCUGUUAUUCAAAAUGACUGCCAUAUCGAAUCAUGCAUUGUCGGAAGGGGAUGUGUUAUAUACUACAAGAGUGAGCUGAGAGAUUGCAAGGUAGCAAACAAGCGUGACUUCAAGCAUACAAUCAAAGCAUUCUCAAAUGUGUUCACAAACGAGUGGUGA